AUGGCCGGAGAUCGUGUUUCUGCCUUUUUGGCACGUGAGAAAGAAAGCCUGGGUGACCUAACAGAUGAGCUGUUUAAUGGCACAGGAAGCAGUUCAGAUCUUGAUUUUUCUGAAGGCUCAAGAAGAGACGGUUACCUUGUGAAUGAACUUGAAGAAUCAGAAGUGGUCGGUGCGCCGGAUAGUGCUCUUCCAGUGACUGCAGCUGAAUCGACCUUCAGCACUAGUGAUCAACACGUCAACAGGACUUCUCAGAGAAAAACAAGUAGUCCAGCUUCGGUAACUAAGGCACAGGAGAGUGCCAUUCUCGAAUCUUGGAGAGUCAAUUUUGAGGCGGAUAUUAAAGCUCGUGACGAGAAAGAAGCCGCCAAACGUACUGAGCUUGAGGCAAAUGCGAAGAGGGAGUUGGAAACCUGGUACUCUCACUACCGACAGCAGAUGGCGCUGCGAUCGGCGGACAAUCGGAUGGAUGCACCAAGAGAUGCCUCGGGCAAGGCCUACGACGGCUUCUCGGGUCAGGCGCCCUCCGUUCGCGAUACUGCAGUGUGGGAGAGUGUCUGCGGCAUGUGUGACCUGACAGCAAGUUUGACCAAUUCUCAACGUCAAAGCACACCAAGAGUACCCAUGAUCUCUCACGGAUGCGCGGUUUGUUGCUUAACCUUAAGACGCCCUCAUUGGGACAAACCAACUCAGCGUAGCUGA